AUGCGCGCUCACUAUCUAGUCGCCGGCUUGAUCGGCCUCGCUGGUCUUGCCUUCGCCGCUCCUACUCCCGAGUCCACUGCCGUCUCCCUCAUCCCGACCUCCCAACCCGCCGACAUCGCCGACCUCGAGUAUGUUGCCCCCGAAUGUAACAUGGGACAACAGCCAGACAUGUGGCUCGCGGCUAUCUGCGGCAACCACACCAACACGAGCACCAUGCCUAAGACCUGGCUCGGCGUCUGCGCACUACUUACCGCCGGCGUCGCGCAUGAAGUCACCACCACGGUCCAAGACCCUGGUCUCAUGUGCAGGUUCUACGACGACAGCGACUACUGCAACAGCGACUUCGUCGUCGCUACCCUUACCCAUCAUUUCCGGAUCCCGUCGGCGAUUGGCAAGAAGAUCAAGUAUGUCAGGUGUGAUAAGGCGCCGCCGCGUGGGGAGUCUGGUGAGCUCGAGGCUAGAGCUGAUGAUCCUCCUCCCGUCCUGGAAGUGGAAGACAUCAAGCACGCCGAAGAGAAUGACGCUCUUCCCAUCCACGACGCCGAACCCAUUCGACUCGAGGACACUUCAUCUUCCUCCUCCUGUAUGAACCCCGAUGCGAGCCACUACUUCCUAUCCAUCUGCGGCGGUGGCAGCGCCAACAACAUCCCCAACAACUGGAUGAACGCGUGUGUGUCGCUGACCAGUACCGUUGGGUACCACGUCGAAACUUUUACUCAGAAUGCGCGCAUUAUGUGCAAGUUCUACGACGACAGCAACGAGUGCAAUGGCAACCUUGAAGAGGUCUCUAUUAUUACAGAGAAAGAAGAGAGCUUUAGGAUUGACCCCGAGGUUGGAAAGCGGAUCAAGUAUGUCAAGUGCAAGAUUGGUCGGUGGCGCAGGGACGUUGGUGAGGUGGAAGCUCGAGAGGUCGUUGCUCCUUCCUCUCCAGAGAUUGUCGUUGCUCCAGACACCGACGUUUCUCAAGACACCGACGUCUCACCAGACUGGGCCUGCAUGAACCCGUCCCCGGAUAACCAAUACUUGGUUGUCUGCAGCCAUGGCGUAGGCCAACUCAUGCAAAAAAAGCUCUUGGGUAACUGUCUGAAGCUAAACAGCGAUAUCGCGUAUAACGUCGAUUCUUUCAUUCAAGAUCCAGGUCUGAGGUGUAAAUUCUACAACGACCGCCACUCAGACUGCAAAGGCGAACCCAUUUACACCGCUCAAACUCUGGAUAAGCAACACCUCUUCAAGAUCGAUGCGAAGUACGGCACUAGGUUCAAGUAUGUUUGGUGUCACAAGGGCGACCACCAACUGAGCGAUGUUCCUGGGAUUGAAGCUCGAGUAGCGGAUACGUCUCUCGAGGCGCCAUCUUUCGCGGUCGAGGAACCGUCCGGGCUCAUCGCGCGACUCAUCAGCGAUACCGGCUACGCCUUCGAGUAUCAAGAGAACUUCGCUGGGCUCUGCAUCAAACUCCCGGACACGGUAUCUCGUCAUUUGACGCACGCAGCCUUGGUCGAUCAUACCCUCUGCAGGUUCUACGAGAGCGGCUGCUUUACUGUUAUUAAGCCUCUCUUCACUGCAAAGAGCGAGGCCCCCUAUACCAAAGUUCCUGUGCCAUCGGAUAUCAGCAAGAAAAUCACCCACGCUGUCUGCGGGCCUUCGUCUGCCCCACACAAUGAGAUCGAUGCGCGAGCGGAUGCUACAGCUCUCGAAGCUAGCCCGGCGGCCGCUUCCGAAACAACGGCAUCUUGGGAGUACAUAGCGAGGAUCUUCAGCCCCACAAGCGACUUUGCUAUCAUGAGCGACCGCGACCGAUCCUGCCUCAAGUUCGAAGGCCCUUUCUCUCAUAAUGUUACCAAGGUGAACAUUGGAGCUCACACUCUCUGCGUGUUCUACGACAACGACUGCAGUCUAGCCAAGUACCCCGUCUUCACCGUUUCAAGCACCACGGAGCAGUUUGUCAGUCGAGACAUGCCAGCAGAUGUUUCCAAGAACAUUACCCACGUCAUUUGCGGAUUCAAAAACCAUGCUGCGAUCGAGACACGAGCGGAUGUUACGACGUUUUCCCCUACCCUUGCGAGGAUCUCUAGCAGCAGAGGCGACAUGUCUGUCACCAAGGAAAACAGCCGAGCCUGCGUUCAGUUGAAAGACCAUAUUGCCCAUGAUGUCAUCCAGGUAGUUGCUGGAGCUCACACUCUCUGCGUGUUCUACGACACCGAUUGCACCCUGGCCAAAUACCCCGUCUUCACCGUUUCGACCGACAAAGAGCAGUUCACCACUUUAAGGGUACCAGCGGACGUUGGCAAGAAGAUCACCGACGUCAUGUGCGGGAAGAAAGACGGUUAUGCCAACUUACAAGCGCGAGCGGAUGAUACAUCCCUCCAAACCACAGCCCAGAAGACGAAGAUGGCCCGAGUCCUCAGCGACACAGCCGACUUGUAUAUCUAUGACGACAACGACGCGGAUUGCGUUGCGCUCAGCAAGCAUGUGGCUAAUGACGUUGUCGGAGUACAGCUGGAACCCAACAUUCUCUGCGUGUUCUACACCAAUGCCUGCAAUAUCGCCAAGUUCCCGAUUUUCCGCGCUUCGAAUCCUUGGAGCAAUGUCGUGAGUGUGGAUAUCCCGGGUUAUACUGGCCGCGACAUCACACACGUCGCUUGCGGCAAGAAGCACACUCUUGAUGCUGAAAUCGAUGCCUGGGCGGCUACUACACCGGGUAUCGAUGCGCGAGCGGAAACUACACCUAUCGUCGACAGCACGGCUCUGAUGACUUUACAAAAGGACGGUCCAUCCAUCGCCUACGUGUUCAGCAGUACUGGUGGCAUGUUUGGUAUUUACGACACAGACGCCAACAUCUGCAUCCCACUUAGCGACUCUACUGCGCACGAUGUCAUCGCCGUGGCUGUACACGAAAACGUCCUUUGCAGGUUCUGGGAGAACAGCUGCGAUGUAGCCAAGGGUCCUCUGUACCAGGUUCACUCGAACAAGGGCGACGCCGUCCCCAAAGUGCCGUCAGACAUUGGCAAGCAGCUUACUCAUUUCAUGUGUAUGCGUACUAAGCCUCAAUCUACAAUCGUUACGCGAGAAGCACUAGACACAUCGAUGGCCGACCCUGGAGCCAUGGCCUUUCUAUUCGGCAGCACAUCCCAGCUUGGCAUUUAUGAUGAAGACACCAAGAAGUGCAUCCAGCUUGGCGACUCUAUUGCGCAUGAUCUGAUCGCUGUGGCUGUACCCCGAAACGUUUCCUGCUCGUUCUACAAGGACAGCUGCGAUGUAUCCAAGGGUCCUAUUUUCCUUGUUGCGUCAGGUCAGGGGCGUGGGGAUGUCCACUAUGUGCCCUUGGAGAUUGGCAAGAGGCUUACCCAUGUCAUCUGUGUGCGUACUCAGCCUCACGCUGAGAUCGUUGCGCGAGAGGAAGGCUCUCGGUCCAAUGUAGCUCUCAUCACUUCCGCGGCCUCGGCAGGCAACACACCGGAUCCAGCUACCGACUUGACCAAUACCCAGAUCCAAUACCCAAGGGACGGAUAUAGUCCCGUAGACCUCCCAGUCGGCGAUCUAUUCACCUGCUCUUAUGAGCAAACCGAUAGCUGCUGGAUCAUGGAUGCACUCAACGAUUGCUUAGAAUUCCCUACGAACACCGCCCACAACGUCAUGAUCCUCGAGCAGGCUAAGGGGACGUAUUGUUGGUACUACAACAAGCCUGGGUGCAAGGAUAGUGAUGAGGUUUUCCAUCACACAUCGGCGCCAGGAAAUCCGACUGCAUUUAUUGGGACCUUCUUCAAGGAUCUCGCGAGUGUGGUGUGCGGAGGUCCCGGUGUGACAUCUGAGCUGGAAGUCAUUCCCCACGACCAUGCUAUCGAAAAGGUCACCGCCGUGGACAGGCCCAUCUACGCCGACGAUAUCACCAAGCGCGAUUCUCUCCCCACGGACUCGGCACCUUCAUGGACACUUCCUAGAAUCAUCCGAGUAGGCGAAGUAUUCGCCUGCUCCGAAGACUUUGCCUCCGGCUGCUGGUACAUCAACGCCCCGAACAAAUGCACGGAUUUUCCGCCCCAGGUCGCCCAUAAAUCCAGCUUCAUCAUGCAAGCCAAGGAUACAUGGUGCAAAUAUUACCUUGAGGCCGGCUGCAAGGACAGCGACGAAGCUUGGCAGUACGUAUCGUCUCCCACGGAUCACACUACCUUUGGAGUGAAGACCAAUUUGGUCGCGAGCGUGGAGUGCAAAGCUGCAAACGAGCUCAACAAGCGCGACUGGCCCCCAGGCUCAACAACAGUCUGCCACCAAGCGCACUACCAAUUCUGCACCGACAACGCUAUCAACGCUAUUCAGCAAUGCGCCAACUUUGCUCCUGCGGAUCAGGGCCCGCUCUCGAUCAUCCAGUAUGGCGGCGCGUACUGUAAGUGGUACCGCGACUUUGGCUGUGGAGGUGGAGAGGAUAAGUCGCCCAUGAGUAUUGACUCGAGGGCCGGGGAGCAGUGGGUCGAUAACUUGAGCGUGGAGAACAGGUUCAAGAGCGUCAAGUGCGAGGCGUAUCAGUGGUAG